GCCUUUUUGUUUGUUCCCAAACGACAACUGGCAUUCUGAAUCAAAGCGCUUUUUCAUUUUCUGAUCAUUCCCUCUUCUUCUUGUUCUUCCUCAUCUCCUUCUUCUUCUUCUUCCUUUCGCUUGUCGCACAAUGUGGGGCGCUGCCGUCUGCGGAUCCAUCGCAGCGUUUAGCUACUACUGCUGGCACUCUGCAAGCACCAAUGCGCGGCACCUCGAGAACGCAGCGCGCAUCCCGCACUCAGAGUUGGAGGCUGCCGUCCGUGCUGCGCCGAACGAGUGCAUCCCGUAUGCUGUGGUGACUGGCGUUGUCAUCCCUGGUCCUGGCGCUGUGCCACUGGAUGCCAUGCAUGCAACCGCGCCUGCUGUCAUUCACCGGCUGGUCAUCCAAGAGCACCGCUCGCUCUACAACGAGGCGGCCAAGCGCUGGGAGGACAGCGUGCGCACCAUCGCCGACUCGACCGAGGUGGCUCCCAUUUCGCUGCAGGCCUUGCCGACGCUGUUCCUGCGGGUGGCUGAGCCUCUGUCGGCGUACGGACUGGCUCUCAAGCAGGUCUACCAUCGCUUUGUUCCGGCAACGUCGACCGCCACCAAAGCCGUGAUGGACAUUGUUGCUGGCGAAAAGGCCAAGGGCAUCGACACGACCGAGUCUGUUCUCGCUGUGGGCACCAGCGUCACGAUCGUUGGCCAAGUCACCCUCAACCCGGAUGCAUCGCUGGCCGUCUCGGCGCAGGCCAUUCCGACCAGUGCCUCGCGGCACGCCGAGCAGCUCCAGAUUCAGCCUCCAGCCAACGGUGCUCGCUAUUACAUCACGACGGGGCCACUGUCUGCCCUGUCGCUUGCGGAGCGCACCAGUGCAUGGCGGUGGCGAUGGGCUGGUCGGGUGUUUGCAACCUUUGCCGUCGCGCUCGCCGCGUAUGAACUAUACUCUCGCUUCAUUCGUCCCGCCCUGGACGCUCGCGCCAGCCGCCUCUAUCGCGAGGAGCUUGCACGCAAACGGGCCCAACGGGCGUUGGAACUCGAGAAUAGCUCUGAGCACAAGCCGUCGGAUUCUGCUGCCGUCGAGGCCGAUGACGAUCUCUGUGUGGUUUGCCUCGAUCACGAGCGCAAUGCCGUGCUUCUCGAGUGCGGCCAUCGUUGCGCCUGCAUGACGUGCGCGCGCGAGCUCCGAGCCUGUCCCAUUUGCCGGCGUUCGAUUACCCGAGUUAUUCAGUCUUUUGGUUGAAUUUCGGUCCAAAUGUUAGUUUGUUAAUAAGGUUCUGAACUCGAUAUCACUUCCAUCUGCCAUGCUGAAGAUUGAUUGGCGAGGUUUGAGUGAUACUGAUGUUUGCUUCACCGCACACAAAACGCUCGACCUGUGGCUCCAGCAGGUUGAUCCGCGGUAAGAUUGUCAAUAGCUCGAGACAAAGAGUCGGCGUGUCUGGGUGAAAAUGUACAAAAUAAACUGCAAAAAAAAAAAACAAAAGUCGACUGAAAAGCCA